AUGCUUAUUUCGUGCUUUCUUUCUUUCUUUCUUUCUUUCUUUCUUUCUUUCUUUCUUCCCUACGUCUUUUCUUUCUUUAAUGCUUUCUUUAUUUACUGCUUUCUUUCUUUCUUCUUCAUUGCCUUUCUUUCUUUCUUUACUUCUUCUUUCUUCCUUUCUCUCUUUAAUGCUUUUUCUUGCUUUCUUUGUUUGUUUGUUUCUUUCUUUCUUUACCGUGUCUUUUCUUUCUUUAAUGCUAUCUUUCUUUCUUACUGCUUUCCCGCCAGUUUUUAUCUCCAUCAUUCGUCUAUCUUCACUUAUCGCUUUCCAUUCUCUGCUUUCGUUUUUAUUAAGUUUUUUACGACACUUACCCACUAUUUUGUCACUCCUCUCCCUCUCUUACUCUCUAUCUAUUUCUCUUUCUCUAUACCCCUCUCUCUCUCUCUCCCCAGCCAACAUUAUAUUUCUUUUACUCUUUGCGUUGCAGUUUUCCCCUCUUUCCCAAUUAUAUUUUAUUUUUUCUCAAAUCUUUUAUUCCGUUCUCUCUCUCUCUCUCGCUCACUCUCUCACUCUUUCUUUUCUCCUUUUCACUCUCUUUUCUCUCUCUCUCUCUCUCUUUCCCCUUUUCUCGUCUUCUUUUCUCCCUCUCUCCUUUUCUCUCUCCUUCUUAAAUUAUAUGUUUCCUUUUUCAUAAAACCAAUUUCCCUUACUCCCCCUCUCGAUCUUAUCAGUCGCUUACUUUCUUCUUUUUUUUUUCUGUUAUUCUGUUCCGCCUCCAGUGGGGUGCAAUUGGCCUAUCUCUAUUUUUAUCUCUCUCUCUCUAUCUAUCUAUCUCUCUCUCUCUAUCUCUCUCUAUCUAUCUAUCUAUCUCUCUCUCUCUCUCUCUAUCUCUCUCUCUCUCUAUAG